GAAAUGACCAAGAAGAGUUCAAUUCAAAGUUAAUUUGAUGUAAGAGAUAAAAGACACACCUGUUGAGAAGAUGAAGAUGAGUCGUGUGUGUUUGGUCCUGAGCUUCAUCCUGAUCAUGUUGCUUUACUCAAAAGCUAUGCCUCAUUCUCUUGAUUAUAUCGCACGUCCCGAGCCCUGCUGUUUUGAGUUUUUUGCUGGUAAAAUUCCUUCCGGAAACAUCCUGGAGGUUAAAAGAACACACCCGCACUGUUCGACACAAGGCUUCGUUGUUACUACUCCUAAGCAUGAAAAACUGUGUGUUCAUAACCUUAUCGUCGAUGGAACAGCUACAUCUUAAUACUGCAAGACACACACAC